UAUCAUUUGAUGAAUGCAUUUGUUCUUGUUAAUUAUAAUUUGUUAAAAUGGAAGAAAAGAAAUGUAUUCAUGCUUUCUAACAAACAAGAGAGUUUAAAAAGGAUAUUAUACAUUACCCUGCACGAUGGGAUAAAUAGUGUUUAAAGCUAAAAUGCAAACUCGUGUGCUUAAAACUUAAAUUAAUUUUAUAAUAUGGAAGGAAAACUUAAUAUUAAUUUUGUCGGAUAAAGGUUGUUAAAAUAUAAUGUCAUUGGAAAAUUUACUAGACACUACGAGAGCAGGUCAAAGAUGCCCUAAACCUUUAGCAACUAGUAAACAAUCUAAUUGUGGUGGAAAGGAAAUUAAUGUCUUAGUUUUGGGGAAACAGUCGUCUGGAAAAACAGCAUUGACGGUGCGAUAUCUAACUAAGCGUUUCAUUGGAGAUUACAACUCGGAGCUUGAAAUGCUUUACAGUCACUGUACAGUAAUAGAUGGCAAACAUGUGACGUUGCACAUAAUUGAUACAUUAGGACAGGUCAAGAAGGAAGACAUAAGUGAAGAACAAGUGCGAUGGGCAGAUUGUGUUAUAGUUGUUUAUGCUAUCAUAGAUAGAGACAGCUUUGAUUUAGCAAGAAACAUAGUGGAUCAUAUCCACAACAUUAGAGAAGACAGUCAAAUUCCAAUCGGUCUAGUGGCCAAUAAAUCAGAUCUCAUUGAUAGAAAAGAAGUGUCAGACACUGACCUUUCAAGAACUUGUGCAGAAUAUAAUUUGUUCUUUUUUGAGACCUCUGCAAGCGAGGCUAGAGAUAGUGUUUUUGAGGUGUUCACAGUAUUAGCUAAGCAAGUUAGGUUGGUGAUGAAGAAACGCGAAAAACUAACUCGUUUCAUGUCAAACCCUGCAGUUGCCGCCAAGCUGCAGAUUCAGCAGUCUCUUAGAAGUCUUGCUGAAAGGACCUGGCGUUCUAGAACAUCGACUUUAUAGCACGUUAUUUCCGUGCAUGUGAUUGAUUUAUGAUGUGCACGCAUAUCAUUAAAACACGGAUCAAUGUGUGUUGCAUGUGUAUAUAAAUUAUAAACAUAAAUUGAUAUAUGAAUAUUAGAUAUAUUAAAUUGAAUACUGUAAUUCAUAUGAAUGAAUCUGUUGUAAACAGAGUAUGCUUUUAAAAUUUAAAUACGUCAUCUUGU